UGUCUUUGUUACUAACCUGAGUGUCUCUGAUUUCCUCAUGGGCGUGUAUCUGGCCAUAUUGGGGGUGGCAGACGAGACCUACCGUUCAAUCUACUUGUGGCACGACGUCCAAUGGAAAGUCAGCGCCAGGUGCAAAGUUGCAGGCUUCUUAUCUCUGUUGUCGAGUGAGGUGUCAGCCUUGAUCAUCUGUCUCAUCACCAUCGACCGUUUUAUCGUUCUGCGCUUCCCGUUCAGUAAAAUGCGCUUUGAAUGCAGGUCAGCAUCGUGGGCGUGUGGACUGGCUUGGGCUGUAGGCUUUAUUUUGGCUGGUAUUCCUUUGUUACCCGUCGUCUCUCAUUGGGACUUUUACGGUCAAAACGCCAUCUGCAUCCCACUCCCGAUAACAAGGAAAAGCUUUAGUGGUCGUACCUACUCUUUUGGAGUUAUGAUCAUCUUUAACAUGGUCCUUUUUGUCCUCAUAGCCGUUGGUCAGAUUUGCAUAUACUGGUCAGUACGAACGAAUUCCAUGAAAGGAAACACCACCAAAAAAUCCAAAGAUAUUAUUAUAGCUCGUCGCCUGGCCAUCGUCGUGGUGUCGGACUUCCUGUGUUGGUUUCCAGUAGGAAUGAUAAGCGUCUUAGCCGCUCUGGGAAUCCCUGUUCCUGGUGAGGCAAAUGUGGCUAUGGUCAUUUUUGUGCUGCCAUUCAACUCCGCUUUAAAUCCCUUUUUGUACACCUUCAAUUUGUUGCUAGAGAAAUGGAACCGGGCAGAAGAAGACCGCAUGUUAAAGAAACUAAAGUUAAGCUUCUCAGUAUUUGAUCAUCGUUAAAAUGAUCGUUGUUGACAGCCGCCUCAUGUUGCUUUGAAUUGUAUGAAGUCAUACUAUAGUUAUGGUGGUCUUUUAUUAUCUCAAUAUUUUGCCUCAUACACGUUAACCGUGCAGCGGAUGUAUUUAUUUCAAUCAACUUGAAAAACAGUAUAUAGUUCGAAUAAUUGAAUGCGUUACUGCCACAAAAGAAAAAAAAAAAGAAAUCAAAUACUUCUAAAGAUUAUCAUUAAAAUGAAAUGCUGCUUAUAGAGAGUUGAUGACAGUUUUAACAUCCCUCAAAGCAGCCAAAUCUACACCAAUGAGCAUCAUGUGAUAAUAAUCUGCCAGGUUUAUCUCAGGAUGUUGAAAAGCGAUGCUCUGAGCGAAAAUAAGAAAUAAGUACAUACAGCACCACGCUAUCUUGGAUCCUUACUGAAUUUUAUGAACACAAAUAUUAUUCUUAGGCUUCAAAACGAGAAAAAUUGGGGAUAUACCCACAAAAAAAUGUUGUCAACAUGCCUGCAAAUAUUUAAGUGUAAUCUUUAUUCUUUCUCGAUGGUCAACUUCCUAAAUAGGA